GCGGAGGUGAUGAAUGGCGCCACAAGCGGAGCUGCUCACUGCAGACAACCCUCGAUCCUUUCCGCUCGGCAGCCCCUUACGCCCACCCGGGGGCCAUGUGGAACCGCAGCGCGCCUCUCCCGCCGGCGUUAACGUCAUUUCUCCACCGACCUUCCCGCGUACUGCGGGACCCUGAGCACCGUCCCGGGCCGGGCACGCCCGCGGCGCUGCUUCCUCCAGGGGUGCGCACCGAGGCCGGGAAACUUUCGGAGAGAGCCACUUCCUUGCCCGGCGAGGCGUGGGGGAGAUGUCAGAUGCCGGGAGGGAGGAGGGAAGGCGGGGAAGCGCCAGCCGCAUUCCCCCCCCGCCAGCUGCAAGACGGCCAUUUAAGCCCUGGGCGAGGGGCCGGCGGGAGCGGAGUCUGAGGGAGGUGACCGAUCCGGCCCGGCCCAGCCCUGCCCUUCCCACCCCUCUGGCGGCUGGCUGUCCCACUCACCCCCUCACUCCGCCCCACGCAGGGCUUUCCCCGGCGCGGCGGCCCCAGCCCCCGCCAGCCGCCUUUCCAGGCGGGGAGCGCUAGAGGGAGCGGCGGAGGGGUGGGACGCCGGGCGGUGCGGGGCGCGCAGCCCGGCCAUGUCUCCGGGGGAGGCGGCGUCGGGCUGAGCGGCCGAGCGCGCAUCGGGGAGCGCUCUCCGCCACCAUGAGGCGGCUGCUGCUGCUGCUCCUCUUGCCCUGCCUCCUGCUCCUGCUGUUGCCGACUGAGGUCAGAUCUACAACUGCCUGCACUGAGAACUGCAGCUCAAAAGAUGUAACUGCAGAUACAGGAACCAGUAGCAAUGAUAAUUUAGCAGUGAACUCUGUAAGUGGGAACAAAGUCUCUGGAGGUGGAAGAUGGACCAGGGCUCUAGCUGAUGGGGCAAUAAGCGAUCAGGACAGCGUGGCAGGGCCCAGCCCAGUUCAGGAUCUCAGGGCAGAGUAUAUUGGGGAGACAUCUGUCAACUUAACAUGGACAGUGACUGACAACAGUUCCAGCUCCUACACGUACAGGAUAGAGUUUGUAAAUGGCUUCUCUGGUGACAACCUGACAUCCAGUGCCCCCGAAGCGGCAAUCACCCAGUUAGUCCCUGGGACCUUGUACACUUUCAGGGUGUUUUCAAGAGUGAAUGACAGUGAGAUUGAAAAAGGAGCCUCCAUAGACCUGUACACAAGGCCCAGCCCAGUUCAGGAUCUCAGGGCAGAGUAUGUUGGAGAGACUUCUGUCAACUUAACAUGGACAGUGACUGACAGCAAUUCCAGCUCCUACACAUACAGGAUAGAGUUUGUAAAUGGCUUCUCUGGUGACAACCUGACAUCCAGUGCCCCCGAAGCAGCAAUCACCCAGUUAGUCCCUGGGACCUUGUACACUUUCACAGUGUUUGCAGGAGUGAAUGGCAGUCAUACAGAAGGGAAAGGAGUGUCCAUAGACCUGUACACAAGGCCCAGCCCAGUUCAGGAUCUCAGGGCAGAGUAUGUUGGGGAGACUUCUGUCAACUUAACAUGGACAGUGACUGACAGCAAUUCCAGCUCCUACACGUACAGGAUAGAGUUUGUAAAUGGCUCCUCUGGUGACAACCUGACAUCCAGUGCCCCCGAAGCGGCAAUCACCCAGUUAGUCCCUGGGACCUUGUACACUUUCACAGUGUUUGCAGCAGUGAAGGACAGUCAUACAGAAGGAGAAGGAGUGUCCAUAGACCUUUACACAAGGCCCAGCCCAGUUCAGGAUCUCAGGGCAGAGUAUGUUGGGGAGACUUCUGUCAACUUAACAUGGACAGUGACUGACAGCAAUUCCAGCUCCUACACGUACAGGAUAGAGUUUGUAAAUGGCUCCUCUGGUGACAACCUGACAUCCAGUGCCCCCGAAGUGGCAAUCACCCAGUUAGUCCCUGGGACCUUGUACACUUUCACAGUGUUUGCAACAGUGAAGGACAGUCAUACAGAAGGAGAAGGAGUGUCCAUAGACCUGUACACAAGGCCCAGCCCAGUUCAGGAUCUCAGGGCAGAGUAUGUUGGGGAGACUUCUGUCAACUUAACAUGGACAGUGACUGACAGCAAUUCCAGCUCCUACACGUACAGGAUAGAGUUUGUAAAUGGCUCCUCUGGUGACAACCUGACAUCCAGUGCCCCCGAAGCGGCAAUCACCCAGUUAGUGCCUGGGACCUUGUACACUUUCACAGUGUUUGCAGGAGUGAAUGGCAGUCAUACAGAAGGGAAAGGAGUGUCCAUAGACCUGUACACAAGGCCCAGCCCAGUUCAGGAUCUCAGGGCAGAGUAUGUUGGAGAGACUUCUGUCAACUUAACAUGGACAGUGACUGACAGCAAUUCCAGCUCCUACACGUACAGGAUAGAGUUUGUAAAUGGCUUCUCUGGUGACAACCUGACAUCCAGUGCCCCCGAAGCGGCAAUCACCCAGUUAGUCCCUGGGACCUUGUACACUUUCACAGUGUUUGCAGGAGUGAAUGGCAGUCAUACAGAAGGAGAAGGAGUGUCCAUAGACCUGUACACAAGGCCCAGCCCAGUUCAGGAUCUCAGGGCAGAGUAUGUUGGAGAGACUUCUGUCAACUUAACAUGGACAGUGACUGACAGCAAUUCCAGCUCCUACACGUACAGGAUAGAGUUUGUAAAUGGCUUCUCUGGUGACAACCUGACAUCCAGUGCCCCUGAAGCGGCAAUCACCCAGUUAAUCCCUGGGACCUUGUACACUUUCACAGUGUUUGCAGGAGUGAAUGGCAGUCAUACAGAAGGGAAAGGAGUGUCCAUAGACCUGUACACAACUCCUGCCUCAGUGAAUGCACUUCAGUGUGAACCAGUGGCCAAGCAACCUUCCCUAGUGCUGAAAUGGAAAUGUCCUUUUGGUAACAAUGCUGGCUUCACAAUUAAAAUAUCUAAGGACAAAUGGAUAAGAGAAGAAAAUGCUCCACUCUGCAUCAGUGAAGGCUUGGAGAGUAACUUCAGCAUCACAUCUUUAUCUUAUUUCAGCACCUAUAAUGUUACUAUUGUAACUCUUUCAAGUGGUUCUGGUGUAAGCCCUGAAGUUCAUGCAAUGUGCAACACAAGCAUUACUGACCCACCUGCUCCAAGAGAACAUCCUGUAGUGAAGGCAGUCAGUCACAGCUCGUUGUCUGUUGAAUUCUCUGAUUUUGAGUCGGUGAAUGGACCAUUAAAAGCCUAUGCAGUAAUGAUCACAACAGGGCAAGAUUGUGAGUCUUUGGAGUCUAAAUUGAGCAACACAUACCAAGAUUUCAAGAAGAAGACCACAGUUGCCUAUGUGACAUAUGUCAUAAAUACAGACCAGACAAAGUUACCUGCUUUCCAUUCUGAGAAUGGCACAAACAUUGUUCAUGUGGGCGAUGGGAUCAAAGUGUACGGCUAUGAGAAUGGACCCUUGAUUCCGCUUCAUUCAUACAGGGCAAGUGUUGCAGGUUUCACUAGUAUAACUUUUACCACAGCCGAAAUCAUUGUGGGAGAAGAGAGUUAUGUGACUUUUUCACCUUGCUCUGAGGCAGUUUUGCUACCCCAAGAUCCAGGUGUUGUUGCUGGAGCUGUCAUUGGAUGCCUUUUAGGUGUAUUUGCUGUAGCAGCUAUAGGGGGUUUCAUAUUCUGGAGAAGGAGAAGCAAAGAUAAAAGAAAUACUGACAUGUCCUUUUCUCCAAUAAAAUCAAAACUGAUUAAAGUGGAGAACUUUGAGUCCUACUUUAAGAAGCAGCAAGCUGACUCCAACUGUGGGUUUGCUGAAGAGUAUGAGGAACUCAAGUCUGUUGGCAUUCAUCAGCCUAAAUUUGCUGCUGAACUUGCUGAGAACAGGGGAAAAAAUAGAUACAACAAUGUCUUACCAUAUGAUAUUUCUCGUGUGAAACUUUUGGAUCAAAGCUCUGUAACUGGUGAUUAUAUCAAUGCAAACUAUAUGCCUGGCUACAACUCCAAGAAGGCUUUUAUUGCUGCACAGGGUCCUUUGCCCAAUACAAUAGAAGACUUCUGGCGCAUGAUUUGGGAGAAGAACAUCUACUCCAUUGUUAUGUUGACCAAGUGUGUUGAACAAGCCCGGACAAAAUGUGAGCAGUACUGGCCAGACGAACAGUCCAAGAGCUAUGGUGACAUUAUUGUGACAAUGGUUUCAGAGAUUGUGCUUCCAGAAUGGACAAUAAGGGACUUCACUGUAGAAAAGUCCAACACACCAGAGAGCCACACUGUGCGUCAGUUCCACUUCACCUCCUGGCCAGAUCACGGAGUGCCAGAGACAACAGACCUUCUCAUCAACUUCAGACACCUUGUUCAUGAGUACAGCAGUCAGAAUCCAAUUGACUCCCCUACGCUGGUGCACUGCAGUGCUGGCGUUGGGAGGACAGGGACGUUCAUCGCCAUUGACCGCCUGAUCCAGCAGAUGGAGAUGGAGAGCACUGUGGAUGUGUACGGGGUGGUGUACGACCUUCGCAUGCACCGGCCGCUGAUGGUGCAGACUGAGGACCAGUAUGUCUUCCUGAACCAGUGUGUUAUGGAUAUUAUUAGAUCCCAGAAAGACAAGAAAACUGAUCUUAUUUACCAAAACAUGACAGCAAUGGCAAUCUAUGAGAAUGUCACACCUGGGCCAGGCUUUGGGAAGGCCAAUGGCUACCACGCAUAGCCUGGCAGGAAGGCAGUGACUCCAGGAGGAAGGUGUUACCUGUGCCUAGGGAAGGGAGAUGUUCUGCUUGUGUUUUCUGGAACUGUGUGCAGUGUCUCGUCUCUGGCUUCUCCAGCUCUGUCCCCGUGUGAAGAUGUGACCUACAAGAGGUAAAACAAGAUGCUGGCAGGAGCCACAGGUUGAUAUUUAACAAAACCCACAACCAAGCAAAACUGUUUAACAGAGGAACCCUGCUUUUCCUUGGGAAUUUAACAGUACUGAUCGGUGAGGUAGCGUUUGCAGUAUGAACAGUGAACUAGAGUUGAAAUAUUAAUAACACAAGCUUUUUAUUACAGUUUUAUAUGAUUUCAUUUACAGACACCAGGCUUGUGGGCUAUUUUAAUAUAUUUAAUUAUAAGUUUCAGGAACAUAUUUUAUCUACUGUAUCUGGUUACUUAGCUAAUAGAUCUGUGCCUCUGUGAUUUUUUUUUCUCCUUGUGUUCCUUUUUAUUUAAAAAGGAGCACAAACAGCUCCUGCAAAUGGACAUUUAUACUUGGAAAUUGUGCCUUUUCUAGUUGCUACUCUAAAAAAAAAGAAAAAAAAGACAUCAGAGAUUCUAUUUUUGUACUGAAACUCAUAAUGAGAACACAGAUUUUUAAAUAAGGCUUAUGUCAAACUUAACUGUAGUUGCACUGUUGGCAGGACUCUCCAGAAGUUUGGAGGUGAGUUUUGUUUCUUUUUGCAUUUCACCACCAAUGUUCCCUGCCUUAAUGUUUCGGUGCCUCUGCCUGAGGAGAAGGAGUGUGGUCUGUCACUCUGAGCUUUAAUUGUAGUGGAAAAACCUGAGCAAGUGAAUGUGGAUGCAUGUGGGGCUGUGUGUGGGUGUGUAUGAAGGACAGAAGAGCUCCUCCCUGUUCCUGCCUGCUAUUCCUGUUUUUAUACAGUUUAUAAUGAUUUAUUUAAAGGUGCAAUAUAUGAUUUACUGAAUAAUGAUCACUCUAUUCUAAUAGAGUUUUACUCAGGUUGGUGUCUUUUUAUCAUUGUUGUUGUUGUUUUCCUCAAAUACAUCAAAUCUGUGAAAAUGUUGAAA